AUGACGAAAGGGGUUGCAGCUCAGACUCCCGCCGCCCGACUGCCACCUGACCAUCCUCAGCCUCAGUCACUGCCCCACCGGAGUCCCACACGGCACGCCGGAGACGACCACACCGCCAGGUUCGCCACCGCUAUCCAUAGGUCGCCGGCGAGCGCUACUCUCUCAAAUUCAGCUUUCCUGCUCCCGAUUUCAAAGCCUACAUUGAUGUUGGGUCAUGAAGAAGGUGGAGAGGACGUAUAUGUUUCUAUUCCGCUUGGUGGCCCAAUAUAUGUUCCUGACAGCAUAGGCCCACUUACAAGAGUCUCAGACUUUGAAACUUCUGUAUUUCAAGAACUUCAGAGUCUGAAGGAUGAGCUAUCUCGAGACUCUACUGAAGCAUGUGAUGAAGAUAUUUCGGUUGAUGAACUCAAGAUAAUUACAGAAGAUGAGUUAGUGAACAAAGCAUUUGAAGAAGCUUUCAAGGCAACUGCUCUGGAAUUUAUUUACAAAGCCUACUGCCUAAUGCAUCCAGAUUUUACUAUAUAUGAAGUUUUUUGUAAAACAGAUGGUAACUGUGCAUCUGGUCUUGAGCUUGGUUCAUUGCACAAUUCAGAAGGGGAUACAAAAGCGUUGGUUUCAAGUGCAUCCUCAAAUGCCGUGCCUCGUAAGACCCGUGGGAGUAAAAAAUCGAACCAGAAUCCUUCAGGAAAACAGACAAAGAGGAAGCGUAAAAAACAAAAGAACAACGAUUUUGAUGAAAGCUAUCUUGCCGAAGUUGAAGAAUUAGCUAGAAUAAAACAAAAACAAGAAGAAGAUAAAGCAACUGUGAGAUUGCAUUCGUUUGAGGAACCUGGAAAUGGUGCAAAUGCAAAAGCUGAGAAGAUAAGAUCUCUGAAAUCUGGGAGUGUUUCAACCAAGGUGAGAGCCUCAAGUACCAUUGAUAAUGUGCCAGUACAAUAUCCUGAGACACUCCUGAGCAUUGAAGUUUAUCAUAGCAGGAAAACAUGGUGGAAGACCCAAGAAUUCCUGGUUCUAGGACGGCAAUUUUUGUCUGAAGUAAGAGAUAAGAUAUAUUGUUCGACAGACGAGAUAAUGAAGAAGGCGGGACAGUUUGAUCCUUCAGGCUACUUCUUCAUAGAAGAUGUCUUUUGUAAUGACAUGCGAGAGUCCUCGGCCAUAGACUACAGCAAGCCGAUUAUUGAUUGGCUUAAAAACUCAAAGGAUGAUGCGCUCGAGAAGUGGGAAUCCAUUGUUUCCGGUGAACUGCAACAGAAGCAAAAGGCCCUUUUCGGUAGUGAAAGUAAACAGCAGUUGCAACUGCCGAAGCUAAGAUCUGUUCUCAUGCAAUGUACAAGAUUUUGUGACUUGAGAUUUCGUCUUGGUGCUGGAUAUCUUUAUUGCCAUCAGGGGGAUUGCAAGCACGUAAUCGUGAUACGCGACAUGCGUUUAAUUCAUCCGGAGGAUGUACAAAACCGAGCAGCUUAUCCACUCAUCACGCUUCAGUUGAAAGCCCGUUAUAAAAAAUGUUCAGUCUGCAAAAUCUACCGUGCGGAUAAGAUGACGGUGGACGACAAAUGGGCCGCGGCUAACCCCUGCUAUUUUUGCGAUGUUUGUUAUUAUAUGCUUCACUAUUCAAACGGGUCAUUGCUCUACAGCGAUUUCAAAGUGUAUGAGUGUCACCAUGAUUCAUGA